GUUGCUGCUCGCGACUAUUGAUUUUCGUACAUCUAUAGAAACAUCACCAUCCGAUAAAACAGCGAUGGACUGUACGGGAUCAUUUGGAAUCACGCCAAAUGAUGCGUUUGGAAAGUUAAGCUGGCUAUACUCUUCGCAAAAGCAUUAGCGCGAAUCGUCGUUCGUUCGGUACCGAAAACCGACGCGAGCAUUUCAGGCGACUGGAACCGUUCGCAACGAACGGAGACGUUAAAAAGCAGUGCGAGAUGAGUGAAAUCGGUUCGAGCGCGCGGCCGGUCCGACGGGCAUCGGUUCGCAUUUCAUUGUGCCUAAAGGCGGUCGGUGUGACAAUACGAGAACGGAGAACGCGGCGAGCAAAAGGCACCGUUCACACGGUGCACAGCCGGGGCCUAGGCGGAUGAUGUUGACAUGCGCGAGUCGGCCGAGGAUAUGUCCGUGAAACGAGCGUGCCGCGUCUCUCCCGUGGCCGCGCCGUGGCAGGGAGAGUGCACGUUCCUGAUCAGUAGCACACUUUCAUCGCGGCGAGGAAAGUGAGCUGUACAAACGUGGGAGCAACGGCGUCCCGUCUCGGUUUCGGCGUACGGUCGUCAACGGCGCGUCGGGAACGCGAACGAGCCGCGAGUCGUUUGUCGCGAGGAACGGGAGAGAGAGAAAGAGAAAGUGAGGGAGGAGUGUGCCGCCCCGUUUGCCGUGCCACAACGCGAGAGGAGAAACGUGUGCGCGUCUUCGUAGGGACGCGUUUCCAUCGCACGGUAGAAAAGCCUUCCUCUUCGUCGUUUUUUCGCCGCUUCUCCUCGUCCGGCGGCAGCCUGGUGGCUCCUGCCACGCGCCGUCGAGGACACCCGAUCGCUCGAGAAAGUCGACGGCGACCUCCGCGGAGAGCAGCUGCCGCGACCCCCUCGUGCUGCACGCCGACACUGACCCUGAAAGCCGGGAAUUCGUUGCUCGGGUAUCGGCGAGAUCAACCAUUGGGUCGCGUGAAUCAGCCGAGGGAUGAUUCUCCGAGGAUUGAUCCUCUUCGGGGAAGGGUGAUUCAUCGGGGUGUCCGGCGUUGCGAAUGAAAGGGGCGAGGGCGAUCGAAACGGCGGCGGCGGCGGCGGCGGCAGCAGCGGCGGCAGUCACACACGCGAGCUCGUCCAACUGAAGGGAAUCGGGUUCGCUGGCAGCCACGGGAUGAGUAGGAGCAACGAGAACGGUCUCUCUCUGGCGACGCCGCCGGCGAUUCACGUGGGUCCGAUCGUGAAUCCAGGCACGAACGAGACGAUCUCGAUCGUGAUCCCGCUGUCGGCUCAGCUGGCGACCGUCAGCGGCCAGAAGAUGGACAACAAGCCGUCCUGCAAGGAUUGCACGAAGGACGCGAAACCGACGACCCGGCUGCGGAACGACAAGACCAAGGGCUGCCCUUACCCGGGCUGCACGCGGUACGGCCGUGCCUUCUCCAGGGCGCACGACCUCAAACGUCACAUCCUGCGGCACGAGAUGAGGAAGGAGAAACUGUCCGAUUACGAGAACGCGAUCAAACCGCGGACCGCCAACGAACACGGUGAGAGUAUAGCGUACGAGAGACAGGCUGCCUGGCCCGACGACGUGAAUCACCGGGAGGCCAAUGGGAAAUCUUACAGCUGCCCCCAUUGCAAGAAGAAGUACACCAGUGAAAUCAAGCUGAGGGCUCACAUAAGCUCGCACGAGAAGCUGACGGACAAGAACGUCUGCGCCCUGUGCGGGAUCUGCUCCAAGGACGGAGAGGAGCUUCAGGAGCACAUGAAACGGCACACGGCGAACUUGUUGGACGCUCAGUCGGUCCUCGGGAAAGACUCUGGGAAGGAGCAAGGCGAGAAGGAGGAUGACUUCCUGCUGGAAGAGAUGUUGCUGCUCCACAAGAAUCCCCGGCGUCCGUUGCAAUCCGACAAGCCGAACGGCUCGAAGAUCCGCUGCGACUACUGCUCGAAGACGUUCAAGACGAAAUGGACGCUGAGCUCCCACGUGGCGGCGCACGAGGGCCGUUUCCAGUUCGACUGUAAUCAAUGCGGGAAGAAAUUCGUGAGAAAGAGCCAUUACGAGGGUCACGUGCGGUCGCACGAGGCCGCGAGGCCGUACGUGUGCGAGCAGUGCGGGAAAACGUUUAAAGAGCUGAAGCACAGGCGAGAGCACACCAAGAGGAAGCACCCGACGAAUCAGAACGCGAUACAGAGCUUGCUGGACAGCAUCAGCCCGUGCGCGUCCGAGGAGAUGCCGGUCGAUCAGACGAAAUUCACGCUUCUGAUGCCGGUGAAUUUCUCCGUUUAAACGGGUCUCCGCGGCAAACCGGGGCGGACACUCGAAUGGACCAAACAAUGCAGAAGUUUCUUACGAAAGUCUGUUGCCCGUUCCAUCGCGGAGAAAGUACUCGUUCGUCGGAACGAGUCGCUGACGAUCGUCCUGUCUCGCAGCGGACUGGGGCGUCCAGGUCGACGAUUCGCUUAAUGUUAGUCGCGGCUAGACUGGACGGGGAUUUAUUUGUCACGCGCAAGUUCCGUUACACUCGUUUCCUUCUUACUCGCCCGCGGGGUUUGUAUAUUCCUUCCUGUCUGUAAUCCAACGAGUAUAACGUACACGCAGACCAAAGACAAUCUUGAUUCCGAUCAUCCUUUGAACUGUAAAUAUGAUUCCAAUAAAU